CGAGUCUCUUGCUUAGUAACACUAAACAACAGAAGCGCGUCGAAUAGAGAACGGGUUUACGGGAUCGACGAUCGAUUAUACGCCACAUCGGACUUGCUGAAGAAGCGUGUAAGCACUCUAUUCCCCGUUCCAGCAGUUUUUUCUUCAAGAGAAAAGAAAAGUUUACCACCGUGCCAAGCUGAAAAAAGUUUUCAGGAUGAGUGCCUACAUAAGUUCCUCAUCAUCCGUACCGAUGACUCGGCAUCAGGAAAAAACAGAACUUUCACUCCUGAAUGACAGAUACUCAGAUUACAUUGCCAAAGUUCGUAAACUUCAACAAGAAGCCAAUCAGGAUGAUUCCUCGGCUCUUUUAAAUUCGAUUCGCAACCUUGAAGAGGAGAUCAACUCUAUCAAAGCACUGUAUGACAAUGAACUUGACAAGCUUAGAAGAGAACUAGAAGGUGUCACAAGUGAAAAGCAACGACUUGAAUUGUUUGCAAAGAAAAAUAAUGGCCUUGCAACAGAACUGCAGGACAGACUUUCUGUUGAACAGAGACAAAAUCAAGCACUCAUUGGUGAAUUGGGAAACCUACAGCAACUCUUAGGGAAGAAGGACCUUGAAAUCAAUCAGUUGGCUGGAGAGAGGGACGAUCUUGCCAAAAAAUUCAACGAUUUACAAAGAGACUAUGACGGGCUUCUUCGAGAUUUUGAGGAAGUCAGCAGGAAAUUAGAGAAAGAGACGCUUGCAAAAAAUGAAGCGCUGAAUGCUCUGGACAAUCUACAAAAAAAACUUGAUUUUCACAUGCAAGUUAACGCAGAGGAAGCGGCUGAAAUGAAGAGUCGUCUUGAAGACAAAGCCAAACAAAUAUUAAUGCUUGAGGGGAAAGUACGUGAAUUAGGUCGUAGUGACAAUACGUUACAUGAGCUGUUGGCCAGAGUACGCGAUACUGCCCAUGCUGAAUUACAGAAAUACAAAGAGGAAUCAGAAGCUCAGUAUGCAAAGAACUUGCACGAACUACAGAUACAGAUGGAACAAGAUGCUGAAAAUAUAGCACGGCUGGCUGAUGAGAACAAGAAAUUAUGUGAGGAAAUAGACAAUUACAGAAGAGAGAUCCACACUUUGCAGAAUAAGGUACGCACAUUAGAACACAAUAAUGGUGACCUAUCUGAGAGUUUGGAUCAAGAACGUCAGAAGUCUUCGGUUCAUAUACAAUCUCUAGAGGCAAAACUGAAAGAAAUACAAGACAUGUUGAUUUACAAAUUACAAGAACUAGGCAGUGGCAAAGAACCACCAAUCAGAGCAGAAAUUGAGUCUUUGAAAGUACUAGUCGAGGAGGAAGAAAAUAGAUUACAUAAUAUCGAACGUGCGCAUACAGCGGUGCCACCAAUAAACACCUCAGGGAUCACGACCUCUCUGACUGGGCAUAAUAAACUACCGCUUUCGUACACUCCUGGUAGCAGGCUGGUGAAGUGUGGGGUCAGCUAUUCAGGUCAAACAAGAUCAUCACCUCCUGCCUACGCUGGGAAAUUUGCUAAUACUACUGGAAUGUCAACUAGUGUCACAUCACGAGGAUACACCAGACCUACCAGACCAGCGUCAGUACCCGCACCAGUGACCGGACAGGGUAAAGACUACUUUGAUUCAAUGUUUGGAGACGUCAAGAGAGACACACUGUAUUAUCCAAGAUUACAUCCGAAGUCCAGCCCUCCAUCUUUCACCCCGGCUACGCAUGAUUACAACACAUCUACAUCAAGUUUCACUGGCACUAUUAAAAUACUGGAAAUCAACCAAGAUGGUCGAUUUGUUCGUCUGUUCAAUUCGUCCCCGAAUCAGGACAUGGAGUUUGGAGGAUUCAUGAUUCAGCAAAACGUCGGAGGCCAUCCAGUAGCGGUCUACAGAUUCCCACCCAGGACACGUUUCAGGGCAGGCUCCACGAUAACAGUGUGGGCAGCAUCAGGUCAAGGUAAACACAGUCCACCAACAGAUUUCCUGUGGAAAGAGCAACAUAAGUGGGGUGUGGGUCCUGAAUGUACUACUAUUCUAUGUAAACCUACAGGACAGGCUAUUGCAUGGACUACUGCAGCCCAUCGGUUCACCAGGAAUGCCAUUUCCUUUGAUGCAGUAAGUGAUAAUAGCAGCGAUGCAGACAAAGGGGAAAGCAAUCCAAGCCCUGAGUUUACAGUAGAAGUCGAUGGAAAACCUGUCACCGCAUUGAAAGUUGAGAAAGAAGAACAGCCCCUAUUAUCUCCUGCUAAGCACCCCCAUGGUCUAUUCACUGGGGACGACCCACACCCAUCUAUGGGGGCACCAAGAGUAAAGGCCGGUGGUAAUGAUAACAGUAGUUAUUGUCGACAAACCAGGAGCCAGAACUCUAAUCCCGUGCCAGACAGGAUGCCACAUCCAGGUGACUUGUAUGCUGGUGCAGGAGCAGGAGGUACGAGACUUGGAUCCGCUCCACUCAGAUCAUCAUCAGCUAUGAAAGCAAACAAUGGUUCAAAAAGUACGCAACUCAGUCCAUUCAUGUCGCCACAUCAACAGAAGUAUUCAACAGUGAACAAAAUAAGUUCUCAGCAUCGCGUGACUUUCCAGCCACCCAUGCCAAGACCACCUGUUGUCUCAUCUUGGUAACUGCAUAUUAAGUGGGUCAUCGUGCCUGAAAAAUGUUUUUUUUUUGUAGAAUGAGACAGGGUGUACAUACAAUUAACCUGCUGUAUAUAUUACUAACACUGUGUGACAUAUCAUAUAGCGACCAUCUUUUUCAACUCAUCAUUCACAGCGUUUUGUAUAAUAACUUCCAAUCAGAGUACAAUGGCUAAAUGUAAAUAAUACUAUUGAUAAUAUUUUUUUGUGCAAUUUUAA